AAUGCAUGUAUUGCACCCGUGCCAAAGCUUCCAGAACAACCAACAUAUCUGAUCGAGGCCCUUCGACUGUAAGCCAGCUCAUUGUCAUCCCUUUUUUGCUGCAACCCAAUCUUUCAGCCCUUCAUCAUGUCAGAUGAGGCAAGGAGGGAUGGCACAGAGGAGCCCAGACCAAGGCGGCAGCCUCGAGGUUUGCUGCCACCAGGGUUGGUCGACCUCUUGGGUCCGCCCCUGAAAGUUGGCGCCAUGACUGGUACCGUCGGUGUGUUCAGUGGCAUUGCAGCCGGCAUUAUCCGGGACUCCACACCAGCUCUGUUCGCGGUAGCAUCUGGUAUCCAGUGGUUCGCCCUCGGUUCAAGUUACUGGCUGACGAGAUCUGUGGUGAUGGCCGCGUGGGGUGGCGAAGAGAAGCUCUCCAACUCAUCCAAGAUCCAAACAAGUGCCAUUGCAGGAGGCACGGCAGGAAUGGUCGGAGGACUGAUUCGUGAGCACCCAUUGGUCUUGAGUUAUCGACAGUCUCUAACGCGCUCGCUAGGUGGCCCGAAAAACAUCAUUCCAGGAGUCAUCGUAUUCUCUCUCAUCGGAGGAACGGGUCAGGCCUUUGUGAACGCGUCGCAGGGCCGGCCUGAGGUCACGGAGAAGAAGAAGAGCAUCUUCGAAUCAAGUUGGAGCCCUCUGAAGAAACUUUCAGACGACGAGUACCGCGACAUGAUUGAUGAAAAGAUGCUCAGGAUAGACGCUGAGAUUGCUCUCAUUGACGAAAAGAUUGUAGAGCUUCGCGCGGCAAAAGCAGCAGCUCCUCCGCCGCCCCCGAAGGACGCACCUCAACCACCAGAUGCUCGAUAGUCGAGCAUCUGUGCGUCUGUUUAAUCACCAUGUAUAACUCUGUCAGCAUUACAACUGUAAAUUGUACCAACAAGCAAAACUUUUAUUCGUUUAUUUUACUCAGACAGGCUGUUUCAAACCUGCGUUGAGGAACCAACCCUUCCUAACUAUACUAAUAUUCGUACUGCAUCCGUUUUAUACAUUGCGUAUUGCCGGAGGCAGAUCUCGAGGAGUGUCAGAUGG